CCAAAACUGCCCUCAAACCAACGCACCAAGAUAGAGAUUAUUAUAAACCCUAACGCCGGAUUAUAAAGACAGAUAGAGUAAUAAUAAUCCCGAAACGCCCGUAAGAAAUCACAUCAAUUUUUCCCCUAAAUGGUUUUUACUUUAAAAGAAAACAACCAAAUCUUCAACCAAGGUACGACGACCUUUCCAUCUUUGUGCGCCAUCUCGAUGAAAGACACAACCCUCACCGAAGUGAGGAUUUGAUCUAAACCUAGAUUCGUCAGAAAAUCACACCCUCACCGCCCAGAAGCUUCAAAAAUCGGUUAAUUGGUGCAAUGGGACGGAAGAAAACUGAAGAAGGUGGUGGAAACGCCAAAGUCAAGCCUGGUAAAGAUGUUUCUGGGAAGAGAGAGAAGCUUUCAGUGUCAGAAAUGCUUGCCAGUAUGGAUCAGAAAUCAGAUAAACCAAGAAAAGGAUCUUCAUCGUUGGGUGGUGGUGCUAAACCUCAAGCAAAGGCUCCAAAAAAAGUUGCAGCUUACACUGAUGGCAUUGAUCUCCCUCCCUCAGAUGAUGAGGAAGAAGAAAUUGUGUCUGAUGGGGAGCAACAGAGUACCAGUUCCCAGAAACGGCUACCCUGGCAGGACAGGGCUGAGUUGAAGCCUUUGGAGGUGGCUGUAAGUGAUAAAGAGUUGAAGAAACGAGAGAGGAAAGAUAUGUUUGCUGCCCAUGCUGCAGAACAGGCCAGACAAGAAGCUCUAAAAGAUGACCAUGAUGCUUUCACUGUUGUAAUUGGCAGUCGAGCUUCGGUUCUUGAUGGUAAUGAUGAAGCUGAUGCAAAUGUCAAAGACAUUACAAUUGAUAAUUUCUCUGUCUCAGCUAGAGGGAAAGAGCUUUUAAAAAAUGCAUCAGUGAAGAUAUCUCAUGGGAAGAGGUAUGGUUUAGUUGGGCCUAAUGGUAUGGGAAAAUCCACAUUAUUAAAGCUCCUUGCUUGGAGGAAGAUACCCGUCCCUAAAAAUAUUGAUGUUCUUUUGGUUGAACAAGAGGUGGUUGGUGAUGAUAGAAGUGCACUUCAAGCAGUUGUUUCUGCUAAUGAGGAGCUGGUCAAGCUUCGGCAAGAAGUUGCUGAUUUGCAGAAUUCUGAUGGUGGCCAAGAUGAAAAUGAUGAUGAUGAUGCUGGAGAGAGGCUUGCUGAGUUAUAUGAAAAGCUGCAGCUCUUGGGAUCCGAUGCAGCUGAGGCUCAAGCUUCUAAAAUUCUUGCUGGACUGGGUUUUACCAAGGAUAUGCAAGCCCGAUCCACCCGUUCAUUUAGUGGUGGAUGGAGGAUGAGAAUUUCAUUGGCUCGGGCUCUUUUUGUUCAGCCAACACUUCUGUUACUAGAUGAACCCACAAAUCAUCUAGACCUUAGGGCUGUUCUCUGGUUGGAGGAGUACCUUUGUCGGUGGAAGAAAACUCUUGUUGUUGUGUCUCAUGAUCGAGAUUUCCUCAACAGUGUUUGCAAUGAAAUUAUUCAUCUUCAUGACUUUAGGCUUCAUUUUUAUCGUGGCAAUUUUGAUGAUUUUGAAAGUGGGUACGAGCAGCGUCGGAAAGAAAUGAACAAGAAGUUUGAGAUAUAUGAUAAGCAGGUUAAAGCAGCUAAAAGAUCUGGAAGUAGGGCGCAACAGGAGAAGGUGAAAGACAGAGCAAAAUUUGCUGCUGCUAAGGAAGCCUCAAAGAACAAGUCCAAGGGAAAGGUUGACGAGGAUGAGCCCCUGCCAGAGGCCCCUAGAAAGUGGAGAGAUUACAGUGUAGAAUUCCAUUUCCCUGAACCCACUGAACUCACCCCACCGUUAUUGCAGUUGAUUGAAGUAAGCUUUAGCUAUCCAAAUAGGGAAGAUUUUAGACUUUCUGAUGUUGAUGUGGGUAUUGAUAUGGGAACGCGGGUUGCUAUAGUUGGGCCCAAUGGAGCGGGGAAAUCUACUCUUCUGAACCUGCUAGCAGGUGAUUUAGUACCAACAGAAGGUGAAGUACGUAGGAGUCAGAAGUUAAGGAUUGGGAGGUACUCGCAACAUUUUGUAGACCUUUUGACAAUGGAGGAAACACCAGUUCAAUAUCUUCUUCGUCUUCAUCCUGACCAAGAGGGUCUAAGCAAGCAGGAGGCUGUUCGUGCUAAGUUGGGGAAGUUUGGACUUCCAAGCCACAAUCACCUCACGCCAAUUGCUAAAUUAUCUGGGGGCCAAAAAGCCAGGGUUGUUUUUACCUCAAUUUCAAUGUCAAAGCCACACAUACUACUGCUGGAUGAACCGACGAAUCACUUGGACAUGCAGAGUAUUGAUGCACUUGCUGAUGCCUUAGAUGAAUUCACCGGCGGAGUUGUUCUGGUUAGUCAUGAUUCACGACUCAUUUCACGUGUCUGCGAGGAUGAAGAAAAAAGUGAAAUUUGGGUAGUCGAAAAUGGCACUGUGGAGUUUUUCCCUGGCACUUUCGAGGAAUACAAGGAAGAAUUGCAAAAGGAGAUUAAAGCUGAGGUUGAUGAUUAGCCAGUUAUCUUGAGAAAGACGUUGAAUUUUUAAGUAGCAAGUUCUACUUCAUCCUUUUUAGUUUCUAUGGUUCAUUUUACAAUGAAAGUAUUCCAAUCAAUGGGUUCUAAUUCUGUAAUCCUUCGUACUUGAAGUUCUUUUAAUUUGGGUUUGUACAAUCAAUGGGUUUGUCUUGAGUUUUGCUGGAGUUACUACUGUAACAUAUUCUAUAAAUAUUUCGGUGUUCAAAA